AUGACAGGCACUCCAGAAGAAACCGCCAACGGCUCGACAGAAGUUGAUGAUAUUCAAGGCACACCAGCGGUCGAGUCUACUGGCAACGAUGAAGGCACACAAACAGACACACCAAAGUCUGACGACCAACUUAUCGAGGAUUGGCUAGGCACUAGUCUAGUCGAACUCAAGAAUGAGCAUGGCUACACUCGCGAGAUCGGAGUCCGGGAAUACUUGGACAUCACAACUACAAGAGGCGAUAACCCUGCUUGCUGGCUCGAGGCUGGUAGUCUUGAUGUUGCCUUCGCUCUAUUGACUGCGCAAAAAAGGGGGGGAAACGUUUGCGCACUCCCAAUUUACCAGGGUUGGGAUUUGUUUAAUUUGGGUAACGGAAAUUGCACCAUGGAGGACUUGCUCAAAGAUGUUACCAUUGAGCCGACACUAAAAGAUUCAAAGCGUUAUAUUGUAGUGCCUGUCAAUGACGGGCCAUUAACAACUAAGGAGCAACGCGCAUGGUAUAAGGAGAAAGCGAGAAAAGCAGAGGAAGCUAAAGAAGCUAAGGCAGCUCGAGAAGCAGGUACUCAAGGAGUCGAAGAAGGCGAGGUGAUGGAAGAAGAAGAGGAGCUUGCCGAAGGUCCUCCAGUUAUCGGCAAUCACUGGGGUCUCUUAGUCGUCGAUAAAGAAUCAAAGACAGCACGCUGGAUCGAUGGCAACAUCAGACUGGUCACCAUCAACGGAAAGAGAGAGCGGCUUCCCCCCGACAUGUCUAGAGCGGCAACAGUCGCCGGCAAAAUUCUCUGUGCCAUCGAGCAGGUUCUCGGGCCUGAGCGAGGAAUGUACAAUGCAAAAACCGCCAAAUAUGUUCCGCACCAGUUCGAUGACAACAGCUUUCAGGCCGAUGGUGGAGCGUGCGGCCCGUACGUCGUUGCCUUUCUCGAAUAUCUGUACAAAGACUCGUCGCCCUACUUACGCCAUCUGGGUGCUGCUUUCCGGAGGCGGAAUAAGACACGACAUUGUAACGACUUGGCCUUUGAUUCUCUGUACACAAGAGUGGAGAUGCAGAAGAUCAUACAGAAUAAGAGUGAGGAAGAUGCCAAAGCUGGUGAGCUUUCGUUGAAGAUGACACCGGAUGUCUUUCGCAUUCUGAACCCCAAGGUCGUUGCGCCUUGGGUGGCAACCGCUUGGCGGGAUCGAAUAGGCAAGCCAGAUACGCCGAGGUUGUUCGAUAAGCAUGGCGGUGGCGGCGGUAGCGGUGGUGGCAGCGGUGGUGGUAGUGGUGGUGGCAGAGGAUCCCGUCCCGGUGGUGGUAACGGGGGAAGACGCCCAACUCCUCCUCCCGAAAAGAAUGUUUGGGAUACAGACGAUGACGAUGAAGACGACAAUUACAUCUACGAUUUGAACGAUCCGCAAAACACCCAAACAUACAAAAACAUACUUCGCGCACGCAUUCGAGAGCAUCCUCGUCAUUAUGGAGGUUGCACAACAAAGGAAGAGGCCUAUAGACUAGCCUGGAGGACGAUGAAGGAUGAGGAUAAGAAGGCAGCGGAAGAGGCAGCGGCUGCACGCGCUGCAACUGGCAAUCCUCGAGCAGGCGGUGACCCUCCACCAGGCGAUGAUCCUCCACCAGCCACUAGCAAUCCACCGCAUCGCUCUUACCUCCCUCUGCUCAACCGCCCCGACACAAUCACCGAUAUUCCCGCAGACUUCGCCGACGAGCAAGCAGUACCCUCCGAGCAAAUCAAGCUAUGGCGAGAAAGCAAUCUCGAACUUAUCGAACGAUGUCCGCUCGGUAACAAAGCCACAGAAGACGGUAUCUCAAUGAGGGCAAUACUGCAGGUUCUUUCCGGCGCUACAUUCACCGACGAGUCUGACGAUCGCUUAACCAAUAUAUGGCUCAAGGACUCCGAUCUCUUCACCGACGAGGAUCGCAAGACCUUGACUGAAAUCCCGAAUAUCAUCGGAGAGAGAAUGAAGGAGAGGUAUGAGGUCUUCAACGAAAGACAGCCGGCAGCUGCCAAGCGAUCCCGCGGUGGCGAAGAUAACAUGGGUGGCCACAAGAAGGCGAAGAUGGCGGAAGACGACAUCAUGGAUUUAAGUGACUCAGACGACUUGGACUUGGACUUCGAUGAAGAGCCCGAAGAAAGCAAUUCUGCUGCGGCAUCCGAUUAG